CUUGCCUGUUACGCGCUGCUAGCGCCUGCGAAACUGCGGAUCCGCGUUGCGAGAGGGCUUGGGGCUGUUUCCUUUGAAUAACUGGGAAGGCUCUCGACGCGUAAUAGCGCUCCUGCAAAGCUGCUUCCACGGAAAGGGAGCUGCGGGAAAUUCCUCUGGACACCGCCGACGUUGACAAAUCCAGUGUCCCUGGGCCCUUCCGGUUUUCCUGACAGGUUGAUUUCAAGUCAGCAUGUCCGCUUCAAUGAACGAAUGCCUUCAACUUCAGCUGCUGGAGAUGGAAAUGCUGUUUUCUAUGUUUCCUAACCAAGGAGAAGUAAAACUUGAAGAUGUCAAUGCCCUGACGAAUAUAAAGAGAUAUUUGGAAGGCACAAGGGAGGCACUGCCACCAAAAAUCGAAUUUGUGAUUACACUCCAGAUCGAGGAGCCCAAGGUGAAAAUUGACUUGCAAGUAACCAUGCCUCACAGCUACCCCUACGCAGCACUGCAGCUAUUUGGACGGUCAUCCGAACUUGACAGACAACAGCAGCUCCUUCUCAACAAAGGUCUCACUUCUUACAUAGGGACUUUUGAUCCAGGUGAGCUGUGUGUGUGUGCAGCCAUCCAGUGGUUGCAGGACAACAGUGCCUCCUACUUCCUGAACAGGAAGCUCGUGUAUGAACCAUCUGCACAAGCAAAGCCAGUGAAGAACACAUUCCUCCGAAUGUGGAUCUACAGUCACCACAUAUAUCAGCAGGACCUACGAAAAAAGAUUUUGGAUAUCGGGAAAAGGUUAGAUGUGACAGGAUUUUGCAUGACGGGAAAGCCGGGGAUAAUCUGUGUGGAAGGCUUCAAAGAGCACUGUGAGGAAUUCUGGCACACAAUUAGGUAUCCCAACUGGAAACACAUUUCCUGUAAGCAUGCCGAGAGUAUCGAAACCGAAGGAAAUGGGGAGGACCUGCGCCUUUUCCAUUCUUUUGAAGAAUUACUUCUUGAGGCCCAUGGUGACUAUGGCUUAAGGAAUGACUAUCACAUGAAUCUGGGCCAGUUCUUAGAAUUUCUCAAAAAACACAAAAGUGAGCAUGUUUUCCAGAUAUUAUUUGGUAUCGAAAGCAAAAGUUCUGACUCCUAGGAAGCUAUUAAGAGACCUAUGCUUGUAAUCUCGCUAAGUUAGUAUUUCUGUUAGUAAGACCAAAAUAAAAGGACCAGUGGCUGUUAAGCAUCAUCUGUGGGGAAUCCAGCUCCAGCAUUUUUCCCUGGAAAUGAAACACAGAAGGCUUUUAACUUUAUAACAGUGCAAUUGUUAUGUUACCUCUAUGUUCUUGUGUUAACUGAAAGCUAUUUAAUGGUAAAUUAAUAAAAACCUGUCAGU